AUGCACCGUACUUUUCUUCUCUCCUUCCCUCUGCUUCUCUCCACUUCUUCCCAUCUUCCGCUCUCCUUUUUUCCGAUUUACAUUGGUCGAGCAUAUUCUCUCUCUCUCGAUCUCUCUCACUCGUUCUCUUUCUCUUUCUCUCUCUACUCGUCUCUCUCUCUCUCUCUCUCUCUCUCUCUCUCUCCUCUCUCUCUCUCUCUCUCUCUCUCUCUCUCUCUCUCUUCUCUCUCUCUCUCUCUCGUCUCUCUUUCUCUCGUUCUCCCUCCCUCGUUCUCUCACUCUCGUUUCUCUCUCGCGUUCGCUCUCUCUCGUUCCCUCUCUCUCGUUCUCGUUCUAUCUCUCUCGCUAUCUCGUUCUCUCUCUUUCUCGUUCUCGUUCUUCCUCUCCCGUUCUCGUUCUCUUCUCUCUCUCUCGUUCGUUCUCUCUCUCGUUUUCACUCUCUCGUUCCUCUCUCUCCUUCGUUUCCUUCGUUCUCUCGUUCUCAUUCGUUCUCUCUCUUCUCUCUCUCUCUCUCUCUCUCUCUCUCUCUCUCUCUCUCUCUCUCUCUCUCUCUCUCCUCUCUCUCUCUCUCUCGUUCGUUCUUUCUCGCUCGUUCGUUCUCUCUCGUUCGUCCUCUCUCUCUCGUCCUCUCUCUCUGUCGUCCUCUCUCUCUCUUUUUGA